AUGUCGUCCGCGGCGGUGGCGGCUGCUUCCCGCAGGCAGUCGUGCUACCUGUGCGACCUGCCCCGCAUGCCCUGGGCCAUGAUCUGGGACUUCACCGAGCCCGUCUGCCGGGGCUGCGUCAACUACGAGGGGGCCGACCGGGUGGAGUUCGUCAUCGACACGGCGCGGCAGCUCAAGCGGGCUCACAGCUUCCAGGAGGGCCGGGCCCCGCCGCCGCCCCACGCCAAGCAGCCGCCGCUCAGCGCUAAGGAGAUCCUGGUGCAGCAGCAACAGCAGCAGCUGAACCACACGGCCGUGGCGGGCGACGCGGUGCCACGGCCCCCGCCGCAGCCCCUGGAGCGCUACCCGCUGGCGGCCGCCGCUUCCUCCGAGCGGCAGCCGCCCCGCCUGGGAGCCGAGUACGGGGGCAGCCGGCAGGUGAACGGGAUCCUGGUGCCCAACGGGUUCCCCAAGCCCGAGGAGCCGCCCGAGCUGAACCGGCAAAGCCCGAACCCCCGGCGGACACACACGGUGCCGCCCACCCUGGUGCCGCUGAUGAACGGAGCCUCCCUGCCCGCGCCCAUCAGCAUCAACAGCCGGGCCGCCGCCGCCUCGCUGGCCGCCAUCUCCGGGGCGGCCGCCUCCAUGCAGGUCUCCGUCUCCCAGCAGCAGCAGCCGCCACCCGGGGAGCUGGGGCACAAGCGGCCCGGCUCGGUGUCCUCCAGCAGCAGCAGCAGCGCCGGCGCGGGCGAGCACGAGAGCAAGGAGAAGCAGCCGCGGGGCUCGGCGGAGGAGCUGGGGGUCGAGGGCAAGGGCCGCGGGGGAGCGGAGCAGGAGUGGCUGGGCAAGCCCAAGACGGUGCGGGACACGCUGCUGGCGCUGCACCAGCACGGGGGCCACGCGGUGCCCUUCGAGAGCAAGUUCAAGAAGGAGCCCGGCAUGGCGGGGAGCAGGCUGCUGGGGUACGAGAGCAACGGGGCCGUGGCCAAAGCAGGGGCUCGGGCAGCGAGGAAGAGGAAGCCUUCCCCAGAACCAGAAGGUGAAGCUGGACCCCCUAAGAUCAAUGGAGAGUCACAACCCUGGUUGCCAACCUCAUCAGAGGGGAUGAAAAUGUCCAUGACUGCUACAUCGUUCAUGUCCCCACCACCACCAACUGCCUCGCCUCAUUCCAACCGGACCACACCGCCUGAAGCAGCCCAGAAUGGCCAGUCUCCUAUGGCUGCGCUCAUUUUAGUAGCAGACAAUGCAGGGGGCAACCACUCCUCCAAAGAUGCCAACCAAGUUCACUCCACCACCAGGAGGAAUAGCAACAGCCCGCCCUCUCCGUCCUCUAUGAACCAAAGAAGGCUGGGUCCAAGCAGGGAGGUUCCAAGUCAGGGGACAAACACUGCUGGGGGAUUGGAGCCGGUGCAUCCUGCCAGCCUCCCGGACUCGUCUCUAGCAGCCAGUGUUCCCUUGUGCUGCACCCUGUGCCACGAGCGCCUGGAAGACACCCAUUUUGUUCAGUGCCCCUCAGUCCCUUCCCACAAGUUCUGCUUCCCUUGCUCCAGACAAAGCAUCAAACAGCAAGGAGCUAGUGGCGAGGUGUAUUGUCCCAGUGGGGAGAAAUGCCCUCUGGUGGGCUCCAAUGUCCCUUGGGCUUUCAUGCAGGGGGAGAUUGCAACCAUUCUUGCAGGAGAUGUGAAAGUGAAAAAAGAGAGAGACUCGUGACUUUUUCCAGUUCACAACCCAACAUCACCUGUAACUGAAACUGCUUGACUUGUGUAUAUAUCUAUAAAUAUAUAUAUAUAUAUAUCUUCAAGACAAGGGAAAUGUAGACUUCAUAAAACAUGGCUGUAUAAUUUUGAUUUUUUUGAAUACAUUGUGUUUCUAUAUUUUUUUUGAAGACAAAAGGUAUGUACUUAAAGGCAUUUCCUCUUUUUGUUAUAGCAACUAUUUGUUGUGCUUCCUUGGUGACAGUUACUGUUCAAUGUAGGCUGUGACUUGCGCUGCUUUUUUUAGAGAGCACUUGGCAAACCAGAAAUGCUUCUAGCUGUAUUUGUAUGCACUUGUUUCUUUUUAAAAUGCCAAAUACAUUUUCUGA